GAGCCCGCCGGGAGCCGCCGCCAGCCAAUGGGGAAGCGGCUCGCGCUGGCCGCGCCUCGUUCCCGUCCUCACUUCCACUUCCGGCGGCGGAGGGGGGCGGACGUGCCGCGGCGAGAGCGGAGCCGACGUGUCGCAGCAGGGACCGGCGACAUGGAGCUGGAGGCGAUGAGCAGAUACACGAGCCCGGUGAACCCGGCCGUGUUCCCGCACCUUACCGUGGUGCUGCUGGCCAUCGGCAUGUUCUUCACCGCCUGGUUCUUCGUCUACGAGGUGACAUCCACCAAGUACACCCGGGACAUCUACAAGGAGCUGCUGAUCUCGCUGGUGGCCUCGCUCUUCAUGGGAUUCGGCGUCCUCUUCCUGCUGCUCUGGGUCGGGAUCUACGUCUGAACCCGCCGGGGGCCUGCAUGGGGGACUCGGGGAAGCUCUUUUUAUAUAUUUCUUUUAUAUUUCCAUGAGAAAACGCCUGUAGCAGGUGUGGUCUGUGACAGGCACUGUCCCACAGGUGAAUAAAAGUGACUGUGUGACACACCUGC